ACUCGAGGAGUAGGAGGAGAAGAAGAAGAAGAAGAAGAAGCAGCAGUAGUGAUUGUAACGCAGGGUUGAUCGCUGCUGUGUGUCCGGUGCUGCUCACACAAAUUCGUACCACGACAGAGAGGAGGAUGCCUGUGACUGUGAAUAAUCCUUUUCAACAUUUAGUUGAGCCUCUGGACCCCAAGGACCCAGAGCAGAAGUUUUACAAUCUUCCCAAACUUGGAGACAGCAGAUAUGACCGUCUGCCGUUCUCCAUCCGGGUCCUCCUGGAGUCCGCUGUCCGGAACUGUGAUGAGUUUCUGGUGAAGCGCUCGGAUGUGGAAAAUAUCCUCAACUGGAAGCAGACCCAGACUCAGACGGUGGAGGUACCGUUCAGACCGGCCCGCGUCAUCCUCCAGGACUUCACUGGUGUUCCUGCCGUGGUGGACUUUGCUGCCAUGCGUGAUGCGGUGAAGACUCUCGGCGGUGACCCGGAGAAGAUUAAUCCGGUUUGCCCCGCCGACCUCGUCAUCGACCAUUCCAUCCAAGUGGACUUUAACAGGAAGUCUGACAGCCUUCAGAAAAACCAGGAUUUGGAGUUUGACCGCAACAGAGAAAGAUUUCAGUUCUUAAAAUGGGGGUCUAAAGCUUUUAGGAACAUGCGAAUCAUUCCUCCUGGUUCAGGGAUUGUUCACCAAGUCAACCUGGAGUACCUGGCCCGAGUGGUGUUUAGCUACGAUGGGUACUUCUACCCCGACAGCCUGGUGGGCACAGACUCCCACACCACCAUGAUCGAUGGCCUGGGUGUCCUCGGCUGGGGCGUUGGGGGGAUUGAAGCAGAGGCUGUGAUGCUGGGUCAGCCGAUAAGCAUGGUACUUCCCGAGGUGGUGGGAUACAAGCUGCACGGGACCCCAGACAAACUCAUCACCUCCACUGACAUUGUCCUCACUGUUACAAAGCACCUCCGUCAGGUGGGCGUAGUGGGGAAAUUUGUGGAGUUUUUCGGCCCGGGUGUGGCUCAGCUGUCCAUCGCUGACAGAGCCACCAUCGCCAACAUGUGUCCAGAGUAUGGAGCCACGGCGGCUUUCUUUCCUGUGGAUGAUGUCAGCAUCCAGUACCUGGAGCAGACAGGGCGAGAGGCAGAAAAGCUGGCCUACAUCACAAAGUACCUGAAGGCAGUGGCCAUGUUCAGAGACUACAACGAUGUCUCUCAGGAUCCAGACUUUACUCAGGUUGUGGAGUUGGAUCUGAGUACAGUGGUUCCGUGCUGCAGUGGUCCCAAAAGACCCCAGGACAGAAUUCCUGUUUCUGACAUGAAGAAAGACUUUGAAACCUGCCUGGGAGCAAAGCAAGGCUUCAAGGGUUUCCAAGUGCCCCCCGAGCGUCACAGCACCGCGGUCCCCUUCCAGUUCAAUGAGAAAGAGUACACUCUGAGCCACGGCUCAGUGGUUAUCGCUGCUAUCACCAGCUGCACCAACACCAGCAACCCAUCUGUCAUGCUCGGAGCCGGACUCCUUGCUAAAAAGGCGAUCCAGUGCGGCUUGAGCGUGAAGCCGUACAUAAAGACCAGCCUGUCCCCGGGCAGUGGAGUGGUCACCUACUACCUGAAGGAGAGCGGUGUUAUGGACUACCUCUCACAGCUGGGCUUCGAGGUUGUUGGCUACGGUUGCAUGACGUGUAUAGGCAACAGCGGGCCGCUCCCAGAGCCAGUGGUGGACGCCAUAACGAAGGGAGAUCUGGUUGCUGCAGGCGUCCUGUCGGGAAACCGAAACUUUGAAGGGCGAGUCCACCCCAACACCAGAGCAAACUACCUGGCCUCUCCUCCGCUGGUCAUCGCUUACGCUAUAGCAGGCACCGUGAGGAUAGACUUUGAGAAGGAGCCCAUUGCCAUUACACCUGAAGGCAAAGAGGUCUUCCUGAGGGACAUCUGGCCCACACGAGAGGAGAUCCAGGCUGUGGAGAGAAAGUUUGUCAUUCCAUCCAUGUUCAAAGAAGUCUAUGAAAAGAUUGAGAAUGUGAAUCAACGCUGGAACUCCCUGGUUGCUCCCUCUGACAAGCUGUAUACCUGGGAUCCCAAAUCCACUUACAUCAAGUCACCACCCUUCUUCGACGGCUUGACCAUGGAGCUGCAGCCUCCUAAAUCCAUAACUGAUGCCUACGUGCUGCUGAACCUGGGAGACUCGGUCACCACGGACCACAUUUCUCCUGCGGGGAACAUCGCCAGGAACAGCUCCGCAGCACGCUACCUGACCAACAGAGGUUUGUCCCCUCGAGACUACAACUCGUACGGCUCUCGACGAGGCAACGACGCCGUGAUGGCCAGAGGGACGUUCGCAAACAUCCGCCUCUUCAACAAGUUCCUCAACAAGCAGGCGCCGCAGACCGUUCACCUGCCGACCGGAGAAACGAUGGAUGUGUUUGAUGCUGCGGAGAGGUACCAGCAGUCCGGCGUCCCUCUGCUGGUUCUGGCAGGGAAGGAGUACGGCUCGGGCAGCUCCAGGGACUGGGCAGCUAAAGGACCUUUCCUGCUGGGGAUUAAGGCAGUUCUGGCCGAGAGCUAUGAACGGAUCCACCGCAGUAACCUGGUUGGGAUGGGAGUGAUUCCUCUGGAGUAUCUGCCGGGAGACACGGCCGACAGUCUGGGGCUGACGGGCAAAGAGCGCUACACCGUCAUCAUCCCCGAGCAGCUCACACCCAGGAUGAUCGUGGACGUUAAGCUGGACACAGGGAAAACAUUCCAAGUGCGGAUGAGAUUCGACACUGACGUGGAGCUGGCGUAUUUCCACCACGGAGGAAUCCUCAACUACAUGAUCCGCAAGAUGUCUGAAAACUAACAUGACAAGUAGAGCACAAAGAGAGAGAGAGAGAAACAUGUUGAAUUUUUCGAAUUCUCAGCUACUGUCUGACAUUGGUUAGAAAUGCAAUGUUAAUAGAUGACAGAAGAAAAUACCGUCCAAUCAUUUUCCAUGUUUGGUGCCAAGAGCCAAUCAGAGAGAGCCAAACAAGUCUACACGAUACAUGACAGUAUUCUCAUUUUUGAGAAUGCUACUACGACUACACAGCAGAAGCUGGUGAAUAUACAGGAGAUGUGAAUACUGAGUGAAGAUAUGAAAAGUUUCACGUCAGCCAGAUGUCCUGCAGUAUUUCAUUCUCGUAAGAAUCUCUCAUUCCAACCUGCUCUGUGUGUGUGUGUGUGUGUGAGUCGACAUUUCCUGGUUUACGUUUGUCAUCGUGUGUGUACAGUUUCAGAGACGGCAGCAGAUUUGCAUAUCAUUCCAGUUUAUUACAACUUGGCUCGUAUUUAGUAUUUUAAACAGUUCUGAUAAGAUUUAACUUCGAAGAUGUGGAGCUCGGUUUCAGGACUUGUUCCUCAGUGUUACCACUGAUAAGGUGUUGCAGAUGUUUUCUGAUGAAGGAGACGUACUCAACACAUUCGUUAGCGCUCCAGCUGCGUGUGCUAAGAAACAGAGAAAGUACUCUCAUCAGAAAACAAGAGCCACGUUGUAAUAAACCAGAAUUAUUCUUUAGUCUUUAGGAACAAGGAUCAUGUUGAGAUUUAAAGUUCAUUGUUGACCAUAAUGAGAAGAAUAAACUUUAUAUGCGUCUCAGCUUCUCAGCCAACAUGGACGAGACCAUGUGAUGCAAUUAGAAGGUCUAGAAAAGCUACUGAGUGGAGUACAGGGUGUAGUUUAGUCAAUGGUUAUGUUGCUGUUAGAGCUUAUUGGUGGUGAUGGAUGUUCAUAAAUCGUAAAUCAAUCAAGAGAGAGUACUUUAUCAUUGGGGGUUCUCUUCCAGCUAAAGAUACUGUAGUGUGGGUUCACCCCACCUCUGUGAUGGCCUCAGGUUUUUCAGUUUUAUUCCCAGUCCCAAUUUUUUUUUUGUCUUUGAUUUACUGAAUAAAAACAAGCUGUUUGUUCUUCAGACAUUCCAAACGUCACUGUAAACCUGCUUUCGUCGGUGUGUUAACCUACUGUUAAACUGCCUUAAUAACUUUUUGUGUCCGAUCAUCUCGGUUCAAAGAUGUUUGUGUUUAUCCUAAAAACACUGAUCGUUUUGAUUAUGAAGACUGAUAAACCGUGUCUUUGUUGAACUGUUCCGUGCUCUUUUUAAAAUCUGAAUGCAUUAAGAAAUAAAUAGAAUAAAAUGUGAUUUUUUUUAAAUUUUUUUUUAUAGCA